AAUCGUACCGAAUUGGUGAUCCUAGGCCUUUAAAAGAAUUGUAUGUGAUUCGUUCGUGUAAUUGUUAAGUAGUGAGAUUAAAAUAAUUAGACGUGGAUAUAUAAUAAGUAGUAUAAUUAUUUAUAAGUAUGAGUGCAACUUCAGUUACUAAGACAAUGGCCGCUCCAUCAGUACAGGAGUAUAGCAUUCGUGUUCCAAAGAGUAGUAAGAAGAAACAUAAUGUGAUGAGAUUCAAUGCAACCAUGAAUGUUGACUUCUCAAAGUGGUCUCAGAUUAAGAUGGAACGUGAAAAUAACAUGAAGGAAUAUAAAGGUAUGGAUGAGGAAAUGCCGAAGUUUGGGGCAGGUUCUGAAUUUGGUCGCGAUGCAAGAGAGGAAGCUCGAAGGAAAAAAUUUGGCAUUAGUAGCAGAAAAUAUAAACCAGAGGAUCAGCCAUGGAUUCUUAAAUCAGGUGGAAAGACUGGAAAGAAAUUUAAAGGCACACGUGAAGGAGGCGUUAGUGAGAAUGCAGCAUACUAUGUGUUUACGCAUGCGGCCGAUGGGGCUAUAGAAGCGUUUCCUUUACAUGAGUGGUAUAACUUUCAGCCCAUACAAAGAUACAAAGCACUUAGUGCUGAAGAAGCAGAGCAAGAAUUCAGCAGAAGAAAUAAGGUAAUGAAUUACUUUUCUUUGAUGCUCAGAAAAAGGCUGCGUAAUGAUGACGAUGGGGCAGAAGAUGAUCCUGAAUUAGCAGAAGGAGGUAUAGGGAAGAGAAUAGGUAAAAAGGAAAAAGAUUUCAAAAUCUCUGAAAUGGAUGAAUGGAUGGAUUCUGAUGAUGACGAUUCGGACAGUGACAAUAACGAAGAAAAGAAACCAUCUGAUGAAGAAAAGGAAGCUAAACAGAAGAAGAGUAAAGUUGCUGUUAAAAAGAAAAAGCCUAAGAAAAAAGCUUCGGAUGAUGAAGCUUUUGAGGAGAGCGAUGACGGAGACGAGGAAGGACGUGAAUGCGACUAUAUUUCAGAAUCCUCAGAUUCAGGCUCAGAGUUGGAACAACAAAAGGAAAUUAAAUCGGUUGCUGAAGAAGACGCAUUGAGAAAAUUGUUGGUAUCUGACGAGGAAGAUGAAGAUCAAGAGGAACAAGGAAAGAAAGAUGGAGAAGAGGAAAAGGAGGAAGAUGAAGAAAAUAAGGACAAAGAUGACAAAGAUAAAGAUAAAUCGAAUAAAGACGCAGACAGAAAGAAGGAUAAGAAGAAAAAGAAGAAACAAUCAAAGAAGAAGGACACCAAAAAAUCUGCGUCUGGAAAGGACUCAUCUAGUGAUUUCUCUAGCGACUCUGAAUCCGAUUCGGAUGCUCAGAAGGAAAAGGAUACUAAGAAACCAAACAGUGCCCAUAGUUCGCGAUCUGCUACCCCUACUCCUGCUGCAGCAGCCACCGCGGCUGCUGAUCCUCUUAAAAGAAAACAAACAAGUUCCCCAGAUUUAUCGCAGGCCAAAAAGCUGAAGUUGGACAAUUUCAAUUUGGUUCCAGUUACUUCUUACAUUCCUGGAGCGAGCGAGUCCGGAAUUACGGAAGAUGCAGUUAGACGGUAUCUGAUGCGUAAGCCAAUGACGACUACUGAACUUCUGCAGAAAUUCAAAUCCAAAAAGACUGGACUUACGUCCGAACAAUUAGUGAACGUGAUGACGCAAAUAUUGAAGAAAAUUAACCCUACGAAACAAACAAUUAAGAAUAAAAUGUACUUAUCUAUUAAAGCGCAACCAAAUUGAAUAUUAUUUCCAUAGAAAUUUUCGAAUAAAUUAAGCCCGAUAUUUACGCAUACGAUAAUAUUGUAGAUUCUUAUGGGAAUGUUAAGAAAAUUCUAUUCUAUAA